AGUGCGAGUGAAAGUAACUUUCGCUAAGCGCGAUUAUAAAGUUAAAAUAAGUGCAAAAUCUCAUUUCAAGCUUCGUAUUUUGCACGGGACACUGGUAGGAUAAAAUGAGCAUCGAAUAGGGUCCGUGAGCCGUGUUUUCUGUUGACUGGUGGAUUUGCCAGCUGUUCCACAAGAUCGGGCUAUGUCCGAGAGGGCUGACGAUGCCACAGAUGAAAUUACGCAGCCAACAACGGAGUUCACGGAGGCCAAAACCAACGGGGCUCGAUCCGGUCAAACAUGGCACCAGAUGCUUUUGCACCCAUCGCCCAGCUCUUCGCAGUUCUCGUACGGAUCCGACACGGUGCCCACCGAGGCAGAGGUACGCAGUCAACAAACGACCCCAAGAAACGCGCGCCUUUUCGGGGACCUCGAUGAAAGUGCCACGAAUUAUGACUCUGGCAACUUCUCGCUGUCCGAAUCCGGUUUCAAGGAGAAGCUGGCAAUCGCGGCUAACAGCCAGGUAGGAACAAACGAGGUUCACCAACGGUUUGUACAACUCAACACCGAACUGUACGAGGCGAGAACGGAGCUGCUGGCGUACAAGUACAAGUGGAACGAGAUACGUAACGAGAUCGAGCUGAGCUGGAGCAAGAAACUGGAUAAGUUGUUGGACGAAAAGAAUGAGCUGGUGCAGGAAUUGGAGGCGCUACAGAAAGACCUUCAACGUCUCAACGGGCCGCCGGUUCAAAGCGAUGCGACAGCUGGUCGAGAACUGUACCACCUACGGUCCGAACUGGAAGACACUAAGUUGCGGCUCGAUUGCAAGGAGCAGGCCACCAUAGUGCUGAAGCAAACGAUAACAGAGCAACACACCGAAAAUGAGAAUCUGUCGCUAAGGUUAAUAAGCCUGAAAAAGAUGCUCAACGAAGCCCGAUCGGACGUGGACAAGGCUAAGGAGUCGAGACAUUGGUUCCGCGAAGAACUGCAUCGUUGCCAAAUUAAAAAUGCCAAACUGAAAGAAUUCUAUCUAACGUUAGACCAUCGGUUGCACAGAGAAGCAACGGAAGUGGAUACACUGGUGACUACUGCACGAACAGAAGCUCGCAAUGAUUGCGAAACGCAACUUAGAGUCUGCCAACAAGCUAAGGAGCUAGCGGAACAGGAAUCAAUGGAGCUGGCCAAAGAAAUUAAGCUACUGAAGAAAAUGGACAACAGUCGGAUUGCCGAAUUAACGGAGUACAAAAAACAGCUUGAAAAACAAAACCUCGAGCUUCUUACGCUGGUCGAGCAACUCCGUGUAUCGCUCGCUGACCACCAGUGGCAACUCGGAAAACUUGCCGAAAAGGAGCAGAAAACUGCCGAAACAAAGUCGAAUAUCGAUAGCGAACUAGAGAUACGCCGGUCCGAAAUCGAAAGACUCAGUGCGCAGCUGGCACGCGAGUGUUUCACCAAACGACAGAUAGAGGUCGGUGUGGAGAAACUGAAAGCGCAGGUUAAAGUUUUAUCGAUAAACUUUGCCACCACCUACCAACGGCUGACUGUGCAGGAAUGCGACCUGACGGAAUUUCGCGCUCGUAACAGUGAGUUGCAGGAUCGUUGUAAUCUGCUGAUGAGCGAAAAGCUACGGUUGGAAAGUGAACUAGCCAUGUGCACGCAGCAGCAGCGCACGAGCCAACAGCAGCACAACCAGCUUCUAGAUGCGUUCAGGGCGAUUCAGUCGAAGAAUUUGGAACUGGAACUAAAACUAGGGCAGUGUGUUAGUGGUGAUGCGGAUGACGAGGAACCGACGCCACUAAUCGAUGCGGCGUUGCUACGAAGCAGUGAGGCAACCAUUGGGCGCUUAAGGCAGGACAUAUCGGAACUGGAACGUAAGUUCACACAAAAGUCCUCACCAAACGCAAGUGUGCGGCCAGCGGGAAGAAAGCGUCAUAAGCUUUGUCCCAAGCAUGGCGCGAGCUGUUUAAACAGCGGUGAAAAAGAAGAUUCCGAAAUGCGGGAUCUGUGCGUGUUGCUAAAGGCAAUCGAAAGCGAUAAUCGCCGCCGUUUGCACCGAUACGAGGUAAACAAUCGUACGUUGCUGAAAACGGUUAAAGAGCAUGCCCGCGAACGUAAGUUGGCAGAGAAGCGAACCACUGAACUUGAACAGGAACACGAAAAGUGUUCUCAGUUACGGUGCGAAAUGGCAUCGUUGCGUGAGCGCUGCUUGCUACUGGAAGCAGAUCUUGAAUCGAGCCAGCAAGAAGCGACAGGAUUGCGUGCAGGGAAAGAUCGUCUCUUCAAUCUGCUACAAAAUAACUGCUUGCUAAUGGCCGAUGGCGAUGUGUGGGCAUCGCUGAAACGGGCAUUCAAGGAGCUUCACCAACUGCAGUACGAGCACAAGAAAAACGGUAGACUUCGAGAGCAGUUGGAGGGCAGCUCAACAAAGAUCGCCGAUCUUGAGGCAUCGGUUGAACACUGGAAGCUGGCAGCUGAUACACAAUCGAACGACGUAGACGAGUUGCGUUCCGAGCUGGCCGUCAAAUGCCUGUUGUUGGAAGACGCUCAUCGUGCCGUGGAGAGACUGGAAGGCGAAAGUAAGUCACUUCAGCAAUCGGCAUCCUUGGUUGCCGCAAACGAAGCAAGUAUCAACGAGCAGCUUGAUGAACUGAACCGACUGGUGCGGAUACAAGAAAUCCGGUUGGAAACUGCUCACGAGAGGCUAAAACUAUACGAAGAAUCGGAUCGGGUUCUAGCGGCAUCGAAGGAGCGGUUUUUCCACGACCUACAAUCACUGCAAGACGCGAUUCUGCAGGAGCGGCAGGAAAAAUGCGAACUCCAGGAGGAAGUGCGAGAGCUUCGACAAAACAUGGUGAACGCGGUGGAAAACAAUUUACAGAAGUUUCAUCUAACGCAGAGCUCCAAUGGCAUCAGUGGUCAACGAUCAGGCUCCAUCGCCAGUCCCGAUCCGAAGUCGCUUUCGACGCCAUCUCCUUCCAGUUUGGACAUCGACCAGCUGCAGGCACUUGUGGAGGAAAGUUCCCGUAAGUGCUGCACUCUGCAACCGCUCAACGAAAGUGUAUCAUCGCUCCGUCAGGAAAUGGACAAUCUAAACUGUGUAUUACAGUCUCGCGGUUUUCCACAGCACCAGCAACCGAAUCCACGAUUUCCACAAUCGCUCAUGCAGGAGCUGAACGACGCUACUAACGGUUAUUACGGAAGUAGAUGAGUGUAGGGGCGAAAGGAGCCAUAGUGGUUUGAAUUGUAGGACAGCGGAGGAUGUACGAGGUGUUUGAAUGCCCCCAACGAUGUCAAAAUUCCUUAAUUUUCGUGAAAAUAAGUGUUCCUUAUGCACAUUCUGUUAGCUUUGCUUUCUAGUCACACUUAAGUAUUUUAAAUUACCACCCCAAUUUCCGCGAUGUAUGUUUCAUAACACACACAACUGUGUUCGUUGCUUCGGCCUCAAUGUUUUGUUAGUUUCAUUUGUUCGCUUAAUGAUGUAUUUUUUCAAAAUCAUGCAAUCGAUCUUUUUCGACAUUCCGACUAGUGCGUGAAGCAAGCUGCUUAUUAGAUCCGUUUUCGAUCGUUAGACUAUUUUUCUGGCUUUCAACGUGCGUGAAAGCGAUGUUAAAGUAGAACUAAGCAGUUUACGCAAGUAGGAGAGUAUAUUUGCUUGCGCAGUAAAGAAUCUUAAAUCUUCACAGUAGUGUUGCGUGUCAACAAUUGUUCGCCAACCGUAGAUUAAGUAUAGCAAAUAGCAAAGCCGAUGCUCUAAUGCUCAUAAAAUACGACACCGGGUAAGGUCAGCAGAACUUUGAAGCAUAACAUAGGCAACGGUAACAGUUUGUUAUCGGUAAGCUCCAGUACUAACACGUUGUUAUUCGUUUGCACAGAUGCUAGUGUUCCAUUAGUGGUCGUGUUGCCUUUCCUUAUUUUCGUUUAUUGCGAUUCGUUCU